UCUCAACAAUUUAAUAUUUGCGACAUAAAUUUAAUCCAAUUAAUACAUAAAAGUUUUAACCGUAACCAGAAAUGAAACUAUUUCUGUUAAUUGUUUGUCUACUGAUCAAUGGGUUGACAGCAAUUGAUUUUACUACCAUUGGUCAGAAAGAAAUCGUUGAUUACAUAAAGAACAGAGCCGAUUUACUCUAUGGAACCAAAUUAAGUGAAAGGAACCUUCAAGACCUUUUGUCCAACGCUGUUUUCACUGGACUUGAAGAGGAAGCGCUCAUCUUUGCCCAUGGGUCAUCUGUGAAUUCUGAUCUUGACCUCGACCAAUUACCUGGUGGAUUAUCAGCUUUGGUUGCAUCAGUUGAUCGCUCAGGUUCAGUUCCGUUGAAGAUAUUUUUGACCUCCGAUACUUUGGGAACGACUAAUAUUGCCUUGGAUCAAUCAACAACAACUAAAUCAUCUUCAAGUAAAUCAUCAGUAGGCGAUUUUGUGGUUAAUUGUCUCAAACAAGAUUCCUUUGAUUCAACUUCACUUGAUGGGUCGAUCACAAUUAGUUUAGGAGGAGCAACUGAUUCACACAAUUUAACUUUAAACAAGACAAUUUAUCUCGCUGCUGAAGUUAAUGUUACUUCAUUGGGCUCAAAUUGGGAACCAACAUCAUCACUAUUAACUGAUGAAGGUAAAUUACUAUCGCUGUUAGAUUCACGAGAAGGUUCAAUGUAUGUUAUUACUUAUGAAUCAUUGAUUCGUGAAACAAUUCAAGCCGAUGAAGGUGAUCUAUUCGGUGGACUUAAAUCCAGUGGAAAAGUUUUAGCUGUUGUGAACUCCAAUGGACUGGUCAGUUUAUCUGGACGAACCAUUUCUGGUAAAAUUGAAGCAACUUGGGAAAAUGAAGCUGAAGAGCUUGUUGAUAAUUUCCUGUCUCUUAAUGGCUCAAAAUCAAGAAAAUCUAUGAUCAGUGACAUGACGAAGGCCAAAUCAAGUAAAUCUCUAAUUAAUAGCCCAUCAGUUUCGAAUGAAAUUGAAUCGAUAGAAAAUUGGGUAAACGCUAAAAUCGGUAAAAAGUCAACAAACAUUCACUUUGGUAAUUAUGGGCAUGGCUCAUCUAGAGAUGCAAAUCGAUGGGGCUCAGGUCAUGAACAUCGGCAUGGUGGUUAUCGAGGGGAUAAUAAUAGAGAUCAUCACAGAAGAGACAACUACAGGAAUCAACGAGCGGACUGGAAACCUUCUAGUACCGAUGGAUCGACUUGGCCUAGUUGGAGAUCGUUCUGGGAAUUUGGUUAUGGCUACAGAUAUGGAUGGAAUGCUUGGGAUCAAUUGAAGCGAGUUGUUGAAGAUUUUGAAUCGGCUUUAGAUUUCGACUUCGACAAGGAUUGGCAACAGAAUAGAAAUGAACACAAAUCCCCAAGUACCACACCCAAACCAGUGAUGACAAGUAAAAAACCGAAAGUAACAUCGACAACUACACCCAAGCCAAUUAGUACUUUUGAGCCUGUAACCACAGUCAAAGUCGAACCAGAAAUUGAGGUCACUACUGUGAAAAGUUCAACUCAAUCGGAAUAUAAAGAAUCCACUCAAUCGACAAUUGAACCAGAAGAAAAACCCGACCUGAGUGAACCCAAUUUUAAUAAUCUACCAAAAGGAACAACCAUCUCUCUCUGGAGCUCUCGAAUAGUUUAAUGACCACAAAGUCGCUAUUUCUUUACUAUUUGCCAAUUAAACUUUAACUCAGAUAUGA